AUGCCUGGUGAGGCAAGCACCGUUGAUGCGGCUCAGGGGCCACCCGCCCCCAACCCUUUCAAUUUCCAGACACAGGUCAUAUCGACGUCUCCUGUCAAGUCGAACAUUGGGCAGCGCCGUGGCCACAGAUACAAGCAUAGUAGCAUCUCGGCGCAGCACCAAAUCUUCCAGGAACCGCCUCCGAGACCACCUCCGGUCCUCCCCGCGUCGCUGCCGAUACCGACGAUUGCAGAAGCAUGGAAGAGCACUCAGAGGGACCAGCGGACGCGGCUCUACUGGAGCCUGUGCCACCUCGCCGUCGCCGUCUUCGUCUUUUUCAAGUCUGAAGGCUCGCUUGCGGCCAUGGCCCUGUCCCACCUGGUCUUCUUCGACGCCGGCAGCGCCGCGGUCUGCGCCGCGGUUGAGGUGCUUGGGAACUUUGAAGUGUGGCGACGGAGCAGUAUCAGGCACCCCUUUGGUCUCGAACGGGCCGAGGUUCUGGCCGGCUUUGCCCUGUCCAUCUUCCUUCUUUUCGGCGGCUUCGACCUCGUCUCCCACAACCUCAAGCACUUUCUCGAGUCUCUAGGCAACCAUGAGGCACACCACGAGCACGCUCACGAGCGUGUUUCCGCGGGUAGUGUUGACCUGGUUGCGGCUGUCGCCAUCGUCAGCACCCUCAUCUCAGCCUAUGGCCUGAAGAACCACGCGCGAAUUGCAAAGGUCAUGAGGGUCUCGUACCUCGCGGCUAUGCCGAGCGUGCUAUCCAACCCGUUCCAUUUCCUCACCCUUUUCUUCUCGGCGUUGAUAGCCCUGCUUCCCAUGCUCUCCAUCUCACUGUACACGUGGCUGGACAGACUGAUUUGCGCAAUCAUUGCACUAGCCAUGUUCGGUCUCGGAAUGAGAGUCGCGAUAGCUCAGGGCUUGAUGCUCCUCAUGUCAUAUGGCGGCAGCAACGGAAGCUCUGGUGUCUCGGCUGUCUUGCGUGAGAUCGAGUCUGAGUCCGCCAUUUCCCGGGUCGAGGAUGCCCAGUUCUGGCAGGUCCAUUACGGCCUUUGCAUGGCCAACUUGCGGCUGAACAUCGCCAAGGGGUACGACGAGACGUCCCUGAGCAAAUUGCGGAGCCGCAUUUCGUCGCUGAUACAGAAUCGUCUUGGCGAGGGCUAUGGGACGGGGGGAUUCAUUCGGUGGGAGGUGACUCUACAAAUGCAUACGGACGCUGCUACAUAG